AUGCCAACCAGAUUUACUAAGACUAGAAAGCACAGAGGUCACGUCUCAGCCGGUAACGGUAGAGUUGGUAAGCACAGAAAGCAUCCUGGUGGUAGAGGUAUGGCCGGUGGUCAACAUCACCACAGAAUUAAUUUGGAUAAAUACCAUCCAGGUUACUUCGGUAAGGUCGGUAUGAGAUACUUCCACAAGCAACAAGCUCACUUCUGGAAGCCAGUCUUAAACUUAGACAAAUUGUGGACUUUGAUCCCAGAACAAAAGAGAGAUGAAUACUUAAAGUCCUCUUCUAAAUCUGCUGCUCCAGUCAUUGACACCUUAGCUGCCGGUUACGGUAAGGUCUUAGGUAAGGGUAGAAUUCCAAACGUCCCAGUCAUUGUCAAGGCUAGAUUCGUCUCCAAGUUAGCUGAAGAAAAGAUCAAGGCUGCUGGUGGUGUUGUUGAAUUAAUCGCCUAA